AUGGUCAAACAAAAUCCGUUCGUUCUCGAGCAGUUUAUGGAUGCCCAUGAGACAGGUAUCGAAUACAACCUGGGCGAGACCUGUUGCUCUUCACUUUCCAUCAAGGAGCUAGAAAUCUUGUGCGGCGAACCUUUCCCGUUGCAUGAGAUUGUUGAACAAAAACUGGCUUACACCUGGAUCAAGGGAUCAGACCGAUUGCGGGAUCUGGUUGCUGGCAGCUAUCAGGGCAUUGGGAGAGAGGACGUUGUUAUCACCAACGGUGCUAUUGGAGCCAACUUUCUGACGCUCUAUGCCCUUGUUGGACCGGGUGACCAUGUGAUAGUGGUGGAUCCAGCUUACGAGCAAUUGAGCUCUGUUCCCAAAAUGUUUGGAGCAGAAGUAUCGCUUUUGAAGUUGAGCGCUGAUGAAAACUACAUUCCCAACGUGGACAAGUUGGAUCAGUUAUCUCAAAAAAACACUAAAAUGAUCGUGAUAAAUAAUCCCAACAACCCUACGGGCUCUCUCAUUCCUACGGAAACUAUGAAUGCGAUAGUUGAGAUUGCUCGGAAAACGGAUGCCUACGUCCUAUCAGAUGAGGUCUAUCGACCAUUGUUCCACUCGAUUCCAGAUUCAGAUAUUCCGCCAUCUAUAGUGGAAAUCUAUGACAAGGGCAUAUCUACAGGCUCGAUGUCCAAGGCAUAUGCUCUGGCUGGAAUUCGGUUGGGAUGGGUGGUUUCAAAGUCUCGAGAAGCCAUAGAAGAGUGCCUUUCGAGGAGAGAUUUCAACACCAUCUCGGUUUCCUGUGUUGACGACAUAAUAGCAUGUUACGCUCUGAAGCACAAGAAGUCAAUUCUGAAGAGAAAUUACGAGUUGCUACUAACAAAUUUGCAAAUUCUUCAAAAGUUCCUGGAUGAAACUAAGGGUCAAAUAACUUGUGUUCUUCCCAAAGCUGGAACAACAGCUUUCAUUCGGGCUGAAACCACCGCAAGCAGUAUGGAUUUCUCAUUAGAGCUUAUUAAAAAGUACAACACUCUGAUUGUUCCAGGUGAAACCUUUGGGUAUCCUGGUUACUUCAGGAUUGGCUUUGGCAACACUAAAGAAGACUUGGUACAUGGUCUUGAAAACUUCAAGACUUUGCUAAAAGAGAAGCCAAAAAACACAUAG